UGACAGCUUGUGUUACUCCAUUGCACAGCUCUUCCCUACCACAAACUUGUUUAGAAUGGUUUAAGGAGUGGAAGACUCUGAGAUUUCGAGAAAUAUUCUCGAAUAAAAGUUGGAGUCAAAUAUCCACAUUUGGGUCUUAAAGGACACACAGUAGCAAGAAAAAAAUGGCAGGACGUGGUAGAGGAAAAUCUACUAUCUCCUUUACCAUGGAGCAGAUGGGUAUUUCUAAAGGAGAGAUUCUACCAACGCCAGUUAUACAGCCAUCUCUAAUAUAUCCUCAGUUGGAUCAUAAGCCUCUACCUAUUCAAUUAACCACCGAAAUGAGUUACCUAGUAGAGUUGAGAAGAGAUUUCACUGAAUAUAUGCGAGAAUCGCCAAAUAAUGUGCAAGCUGCUAUAUUAAAUGAAGAUGUAGAACGAUUUUGCGAAGAUUUUGAAGAUACUAUUACAAGAUAUGAUAAAUCAAAAUAUGAGGCGUAUCAUGACUGGAGCAAAAUGCCAAUGGAAUUAAAAUUAUCGAAAAAACGUAAGUCCUGCCAACGAAAUAAAGAAUCGAACAAGAAGAAGAAGGACACAGAUAUUGCGAAAAAAUUGGCAGAAUUGGAGCAAAAAGAAAGUAUACAACAACCUGUGGAAGAAGAAGAUAAAGAGGAAGGGGAUGACGAGGAAAAUAAUGAAGGAAAGGAAAUGGGAGAGUAUGUAAAAGAUGAGGAAGAAGAUGAGAUGGAUGACGGAACUGAUUACGCAAAUGAAUACUUCGAAAAUGGUGACAAUUACUAUAGCGAAGAUGAUAACGAUGAUGAUCAAUUUUUUGAUGUGUAAAAGCUUUUACUACAUUUCAAAUUUUUUAAAUAUCUCAAUCUUAAAAAUGCAAUCUUUCUGUACUGUAUGGGGAGCUUGAUACAAUUUUUUUGUAAUAGGACAUCAUAAAAUCGAUCAAGCAUGAAAUAAAAAGCAUUGUAUUGUUAAAAUUCCUAGAUGUGUCUUAAUAAUACUGACAAAAUUAUGCCUUUUGAAAAGGACUCUUAAAAUUGAAUUCCAAGAUAAAAAUUAAAUAUUUAACAGUAAGAUUUUGUUUAGUUUGUAUAAAAAUUAUUUUAAAUUCCUAAUAUUUCUUUACAUUCUUUUUGUUCUUUUAUUUUUUUAUUUGCUAGAAUAUCAUCUAAAAAUUAUUUUAACUUUAUUACAACUUCUUAUAAAUUUAAAAAAAUUCUUUGUUGAAUUUGAAAAAGAGAUGUAUGUGUUGAUAAUGUAUAAUAAAGUAAUAAUCAAUGUUGAUAAUGUAUAUAUAAUAAAGUAAUAAAAGUGAAAUCUUUUAAAACUUUUAAGAAUGAUCUUAAAACAGAAAUAGGAAAUAGGACGGAAUUUAUUUCGUAGAUUGGGAAAUCAAAAAAGAUUUCUUAUUUUUUAAGAAAUUUUAUCGGAAAUUUUCCAUGCUAUUUAGGAAAUUAGAUCUCAAUAAAUUCUCAAAUAAAUGCAAACAGAAUUGUGAUAUUUUUUCUUUUUUUAUUAUACAUUAAAAAAGUUAUUUAUUUGCGCUCUUUGUUGGAAAUUGCAUGCUGUUUUUAGUAAUAUAAAUACGUCUUCGAUAUUUAUCGCAAGUCCGAAUGAAAAAUCAAAGAAUUCUCGCUUGUCAAUUUCCGAGUCUAGAUCUUCAUCAUUGUCAUUAUUUUCUUUAUUUGCGUAAAAAAUCAGACGGAAUAUAUAGCAUAUAGAACAGAUAGGUAGUGCUCAUCUUCUUCAUUCUUUUUUCUUUCUUGAUACGUGACUUUGAAUUACUAUUAAUUUAGAAUGAAUUCUGUACUAAUCUUACGAGAAAUUAUUUUCAAUCAAAUAGCUGACACUGUAAUAUUUUAUAGAUAUCGAUUAAAUCACAGAUAAAACUAUUAAAAAUAAACAGUUUUUGCUAUUUUAUUUGAAAGUUUCUAUUUAAAGUCUAAUCAGAUUGAAAAAUACUUUAUCUACAGUACUCUAGUAUUUGUUUUCUUUUUUAUUGUUAGUUAAAAUAGUAAUUUUUAAAUAGUGUUACAAUGAAAAUUGUUUAUUUAGGAUGGUUUUACUUAAGGAAACUUUUGAUCAGUAUUUCAUAAUCUAGAAAAUAUCAGUUUCAAUCAAUUUGAUUGAAAUUACUAAAAAUUAAUUUUGGGACAUAUUUCCCUCAUAGUGCGGUACUUGCGCAUUCUCGAUAAAUUUGAUGUUUUCAGUAUAAUUAUGAUAAUACGUCAUUAUCAUUAUUAUUAUCAUUAUCUUCUAUAUAUUUUUCUUUCUAUAUCUUUGAUUUUUUUAUCAUUAUUUUUAUCACAUAUUUAGCGACACUUUGUGUAUCGUAAAUUUUAAUCGUGUAAAUGUUCUAUGCACUAUGUUACUUUGUGUGAAAAAACGCUGUGCUUCACUAUAGUAAUUAAUUUGCUUGUAAAUAUAGACUAAAUUGGGCCGUGUAAAUUCUUUAAAAUUAUAUUUCUCAAUCUGCGCCGCGAUAUAUGAAAUAAUCGAGCAGCAUUUUCCGAUUCUUAAAACUCUACUGCAAUAUUAUUUUUAAUUAUAUAAUUUUUUUACAUUUCUUACAAUCACUUGCUUAUGACACUGUUUUUACUUUAAACUUCUGGAAAUUCAUAUAAAUAAAAAAUAAAAGCUUUUUUUACUGUGUAUGUUUCUAUUUGAUUUCUUUGAAUAUACUAUGUUUUGUAACGAAAAAAUAUCAAUCUUUGUCACCUAUACAGCACAGAAACUUGCAGAAACGUUGCAACGUUGUAAUAUUGCAUAUUACAAUUGUAAUGUUGCAGAGACAUAUUGCAAAGAUUUAUUUUGCAAUAUUAUAAUAUUUCAGCAAUAUUACAGCAAUGUUUUAAAAUAUUGCAAAGGAUAAUGUUUUAUGCUUCACUUAUGCGUCAUAAAUUUUGGAAAACCUUUUAAAGAAUCAUUAUAUUGUGAGUGAAAAGUCUCAUAAAAAAUUACUCUGUCUUUUCUAUAUUGUGUGGAUUUUUACUUACGAAAAUUAAGACUCUUGCGUCUAUCUUAUAUAUAAGAUUUUAUUAUUUUUUAAAAUAUUUUCUAAAAUUGAAUCCAAAGAUAAAAGUAAGUGAAACAUAUUAUAUUAUGUUUUUACUCCGGACUGCCCAACCGCAAGUUGGCAAAAACGAAAGUGUAUGCGUUUCACAAAACUCAGAUUAAUAGUUACUUUAGUUCUCGGUAAUUAUAGUAUGGUUUGGUAUCAUCUGUAUAUAAAUUUAGUAUUAAUUAAGAAAAGUUUGUAGCGUAUAAUUAAUAUAAUUUAUUCUGUUAAAUAAAAAAUGUUGAAUAAUA